AUGUCGACAUAUGAAAGUGAACACAACACCGGCGACCCUUCAACGGCCCCAACCGCCCGCCGCCGCCGUCCCGACCUAUCCACCUUCUUCUCAACCCUGUCCCAGAUCACUCCAGCUCCCGACCACAGACCCCAUGCAGUUCCCGUCCCAGGAGAUGUGAGCGCAGCAUUCUUCUCUCUCGCCGAGGCGCUAGAUAUGAUGCGCCGCGAGUCCGAUUCAGCGCAAACCGACACACAGGAGGGCACCGAUAACGCCAGCUCAGAUACCGGUCGCGAUCUGCUGACCACGAUGAUCCAGUCGCUGCUCGCGCAGGCAGAUACGCCACCGCGGGAGGUAGAGGGUGUCAAUGAGGAAUUCUGCGAUAUGCUCGAACGCGUCCCAAAAGCAUCCCUAAAACCAUCUGAUGUGUGUCCUAUCUGCAACAAUCCCUUCGUGGAAGACCCGUACCCGCUUGUUGUCCAGCUGCCCUGUCACCCAACACAUCGUUUCGAUCUGGAGUGUGUGCGUCCCUGGUUGAGGCUGCGCGGGACGUGUCCGCUUGACCGUGUGGACUUUGCGAAGCAGUUGAGAGACAAGGCGGAGGCGAAGAAGAAGCUUGUUGAGGAAGAUGAAGAGGAGGAAUGGGAUGGCAUGUAUGGUUAA